AUGCUCUGUCUAAAGCAUUUAGGACCAAUUAGCGCUGGUACUUCGGUUAUUAGACAAGCCAGGAAAUUGGCAAGCGGAAAUGGACCUUUGUUCCGAAGUCGCCUGAUUGGGCUGAUACGCACGAGUGCAGCACUCACACAACAUCCAUGUCAUCAGCACAUGGUCCUGGACACAGAGACAGAGAGUAAGGGUGCAGGGUCUCACCUGGAGGACCUCCUGUUUUACACGAUUACUCAAGGAGAGGAGAAAAUCUCAGUGGGUCGCUUCAUCAGUGAACUGGAGAGCACAGGAUUAUUGACUUCUGACCCUCGAAUGAGGGACUGCAUGCAGCAGCUCCAUCAUGCAGUUCGUGAGUCUGCUGGCACAGCAAUGAUGAACCAAGAGCUCUUCAGGAAAUGUGCUGGUAGUAAUAUUAUUUUGCUCACUCAAGCCUUCCAGAAGAAGUUCAUCAUCCCAGAUUUCAUGACAUUUGCAUCCAAUAUUAACCAACUGUACUAUAAUGCACAAACUAAGCAAGGAGGCCAAGUAGCCAACUACAUUCCUCAACUUGCUAAAUUUAGCCCUGAUCUUUGGGGUGUGUCUCUGUGCACUGUUGAUGGUCAGAGGCAUUCUGUUGGAGACACAAGGGAACCAUUAUGUAUGCAGUCGUGCAUAAUGCCUCUUGAGUAUGCUCUGGCUGUCCAUGAACUUAGGACGGAGCAUGUGCAUAGAUAUGUGGGAACAGAGCCCAGUGGCGUCACAUUUAACAAAUUAAGUCUAAAUGAGGAUGAAAAGCCUCAUAACCCAAUGGUUAAUGCAGGGGCCAUAGUGAUCAGUUCUCUUCUAAAGCCUGGGUUCAAGAAGGCUGAGAAAUUUGAUUAUAUGAUGGACUAUAUGAAGCGAAUGGCAGGUGGCGAGUAUGUGGGUUUCAGUAAUGCCACGUUUCAGUCAGAAAAAGAGACAGGCGAUAGAAACUUUGCAAUCAGUUAUUAUCUGAAGGAGAAAAAAUGUUUCCCGAAUAGUUCAGACAUGAUCUCAGCUCUCGAUUUCUACUUUCAGCUAUGUUCCAUCGAGGUUACUUGCGAGUCAGGGAGCGUCAUGGCUGCCACUCUAGCUAACGGAGGAAUCUGUCCAAUCACAGGCGAGCGUGUGCUGAGUGCAGAGGCUGUGAGAAACACUCUCUGUCUCAUGUACUCCUGUGGCAUGAAUGACUUCUCUGGCCAGUUUGCUUUCCAUGUGGGCUUGCCAGCUAAGUCAGGAGUGUCUGGUGCUAUACUUUUGGUAGUUCCUAAUAUCAUGGGAGUGAUGUGCUGGUCCCCACCGAUUGAUCGUGUGGGCAACAGUGUACGAGGCGUGCACUUCUGUCAGGAGCUGGUUUCUCUCUUUAACUUCCAUAAUUAUGACAAUCUGAGACACUUUGCCAAGAAACUGGAUCCUCGCAGACAGUCUGGCCAUCAGAGGAACAAGGCUGUAAUUGAGCUGAUGUUUGCAGCAUACAGUGGAGAUGUCUCAGCGCUCAGGAGGUUUGCUUUGUCAGCAGUGGAUAUGGAGUUGAGGGAUUAUGAUUCUCGGUCGGCUUUGCAUUUGGCUGCUGUAGAAGGUCAUCUGGAAGCUGUUAAGUUCUUAACAGGGACGUGCAGAGUAAAUCCUCAUGUUAAGGACAGGUGGGGAAACACACCCCUGGAUGAUGCUAUACAGUUUGGACAGGACACUGUGGUUGAGGUGUUAAAGGAAUAUCAGCGCAUUUACUCCCACACCCUGGUGCCUGAAGAGAUCAGCACAGACGCGCACGGUGAGGCAGAACUGGAUGCAAAUGAUCUGAGCAAGAUGGAUACUCUGGAGGGGUUUGUGUGAUAGAUGACACCAGUAUUUCAU